AUGGGAAAUUGCCUCUUGGGCGGCGCUGGCGACGGAGACGGUCGGCCUGUGGUCCGGGUGGCCACGUCGAACGGCGGCGUGAUGGAGUUCCGCGGCCCAGUCACCGUUGAGUCCAUCACCGACGAGUUCCCCGGCCACGGCAUAUUCCUGGACCAGGGCCUCUUCUGGAAGCCCCUCCCCCACGCUGAACUCCUCCUCGCCGGCGAAUCCUACCGCCUUCUCCCGCUGGCGGACGCCGCCACCAGAUCGCGAGCCGCCGGCCACGUCAGGUCCACCAGCGCGCCGCCGUGGGGGUCGGGAGCGGCGUCGUACAGGAUGUCGUUCGACGGAAGGUGGCCGGAGGCCGGGAGGGUUCCGAUUCCGGCGGCGUCGGCGGCGGGUGGCGGCAGGUUCUGGAAGGUGAAGCUGGUGAUAAGCCCGGAGCAGCUAGUGGAGAUACUGGCGGAGGACGGGAGGGCGGAGGAACUGAUUGAGAGCGUGAGGACGGUGGCCAAGUGCGGGAGCGGCGGCGGCGGCGGGUGGGGAGGGUUUUCCGAUCAGUGGAGCAUUGUGAGUAGCAAGAACGCGACCUUGUCGGCCAAAGACGUCAGCUUGUCCGAGUUUUGA